AUGAAUACGGAAAGUUCCCGGAAGUUUCGGGAGGCUACGCAACGCGACCCAUUUGUCUGGCCUAGGCCCCUGAUGCUCAGCGACCUCCGGGCGCUCCUCGGCAAAGGCAAUAGGGAACCAUCCCCCGGUCCGGACCGAUGGGAGAAAUGGACAGUAACGAUACUUGGAGACCAAGCGAUGUCUGUUGUUCUGGCACUCCUGAACUAUGUACUGGUGCACAACUACUUCGACAAGCUGCGCGACCACUAUCUGCUUCCGAUGUUCAAAAAUCGCGGACUGUCUUCCCAACUGAGUAAUUACCGAGCGGUCUGUUUUGGCAAUUUCUUGGCGGUCACAGCGGCUGGAUGGUUUACAAGUCAGGCGCAAGCUUACGCAAUGAAACACCACAUGAUUCCAGAAACACAGGUGGCCGUCCAGAGCGGUGUACAACAGCGCGACCUCACAAGUUUCCUAGCGAACCUAGAAGCCUGGGCGUUCCGGGCCAAAACUCCGAUCUACGGGCUAGUACGAGACCAAAAGAAGGGCUUCGACCUGCUCAGACCAGAAGCUGGGUAUGACGCCUACCAUUUUUUCGGCUUUGGCCCAAACGCAGAAGCUUUUGACCGAGCCCGAUUGGCACACGGCGCUUUUAUCGUCAAGACACCGUACGGCCUCGCGGAACCUUUCGAAGUGGACGGGCAGAUGAAACAAGGGGAUCCCCCGAAUCCUCUUCGUUUCUCCUUGGCCAUGGCUAUGGGCUCUUACUGGCUGGACGAACAAGCGUUCGAGGACCCACUACUCAUCACAACACAGAACAGGGCACGCUCAAACAACCAUACACAAGCGGAUGAACUGACCCUCAAGAUUACUCAGGUAUCUGCGAUGGACGACACCAUACUACUGGCCAAGAGUGAAAGGACGCUGGCAGCGAUGACUCUCUACAUGGAGCAUUUCCAGGAAGCCUACGGAGCCCAAACCGACUGGGGUACAAAGACUCGAGCCAUCGUAAUGGGCCUCGGCAACCAGUCUGAUACACCAGGGACAGUCCAAGUUGCCACUCCUCAUGGGAGACGACAGGUCACUGUCGACCCAGCACACGUUUUUCUCAAAACACCGUUCGCUGCGCCGGACCGACAAUACACUCAGCUGGAAAGUAUUGUGCGAUCGAUCGGGUUCCCGAGCACGCCAACGAGGCGACUCCCGCUCUCGGCAUUACGACGAUUCAUCGAACAACAACUAAUUAGCAGGCUGAGGCCACGACUGGCUUUAUGUCCUAUCCGACCGGACGAUGCCCUUAAGCUAGACCAGCUUAUAGCAAUGCGGAUCAAAGAGUACUAUGGAUGGGUUUUCACACCGAGCGCUAAGUUGGUCACCAAAUUUGGAUUCGAGCUUACUAGUCUGUGGCGACUGAACGGGGCUAUGGCAGUCGAUGGACUACUACGAGACCUGAACCAUCAUAUUCCAGCUUUCGCACAGAUGGAAAGAAUAA